AUGCGUUUCCUUUCCCUUGCGUUAUCGUCUCUUGUUUUAUUUCCAGGCGUCUUCGGGGCUUCAGCUCUGUCUUCCAAGCACACCAAGCAUGUGAGACAAAAAGGUUGCAGCAACAGCCCCUCAAAUCGGGCGUGCUGGAGUGACGAUUUUGACAUCUCUACCAACUACUAUGAGAAGGUGCCUGAUACUGGCGUGGUGCGCGAGUACUGGUUCAAUGUUGAAAAUACCACUGCGGCCCCAGAUGGCGUUGAAAUGCCGGUUCAACUCAUCAACGGUUCUUUUCCGGGCCCAACCAUCAUAGCUGAUUGGGGUGACACUGUCGUUGUGCAUGUGAAGAACUCGCUACAGAACAACGGCACCGGUUUACAUUUCCAUGGUAUUCGUCAGAACUGGACAGAUGCCAUGGAUGGUGUGCCGAGCAUUACUCAAUGCCCUAUUGCACCGGGGGAUUCCUUUACUUACCGUUGGCGUGCAGUUGAGUAUGGCACUGGCUGGUAUCAUUCUCAUUUCUACGUCCAGGCUUGGGACGGUGUCUUUGGUGGAAUUCAGAUCAACGGCCCAGCAACCGCGAAUUACGACGUCGAUCUGGGACACGUCUUUUUAAAUGAUUGGUAUCAUACUACCGCUGAUCAGCUCGUCCUUCAAGCGGCUACUGGAGGACCCCCCACAGCCCCAAAUGGUCUUAUAAAUGGAACGAACACCUGGGGAACCCAAGGUUUUCGCUUCUCCACAGCCUUUGAGGCUGGUAAAAGAUACCGAAUGCGCCUGGUUAAUGCCGCGGCUGAUCAGCAUUUCCGUUUCAUGAUUGACGGACACCAGCUUGAGGUCAUCGCGACUGACUUUGUACCAAUUGUGCCCUACAACACAACGAACCUUAGUAUUGGUAUGGGCCAGAGGUAUGAUGUCAUUGUCACGGCAAAGCGAUUGACGAGCGGAAAUUUCUGGUUAAGAGCUAUUCCUCAAACAGCUUGCUCAGAGACCGAUGCAACCGACAAGGUCAAGGGUAUCAUUCGGUACGACAACUCUUCCACUGCGGACCCUACCACCUCGGCCUACAGCUACACUGACUCCUGUGCGGACGAGGAACCAUCUAACCUUGUCCCCUAUCUUCCCAUCGAUGCCUCUAGCACUUACGCCUACAGCAAGGAGGAGAACGUCGAAGUUCAAGUCACUGACAACGCCCUCCUAUGGCUGAUGAACAAAACUUCAUUCCACACAGAAUGGGAAUACCCGUCUCUACUCCAAAUCUCCGAAGGUAACCGGACAUGGUUGGAUAAGCAGCGCGUCAUUCACCUACCUGGUGCAGACGAAUGGGUAUACAUGGCUAUCCAUUCCCCUUUUGCCCAAGACCACCCAAUGCAUCUUCAUGGACAUGAUUUCUGGGUUCUCGGCUCUGGAUAUGGAAAUUUCGAUUCGUCCAUGACCAAUGGCCUCACCCUAGUCAACGCCCCCCGAAGAGAUGUUGUAAUGCUGCCUGCGAGCGGAUAUGUGGUGAUUGCCAUCAAGACUAACAACCCUGGUGUCUGGCUGAUGCAUUGUCAUAUUGCGUGGCACACUUCUGAGGGUUUUGCCGUUCAAAUUUUAGAGCGAAUCACGGACAUCACAUUUGAUCACGACUCGCUUAACUCCACUUGCGCAAAUUGGAAGAGCUAUGUCGCCGCGAAGGAUGUCAACCAGUAUGACUCGGGUGUUUAA